AUGGGUGAGACGCAGGAGCCUCUGGCCAUGACUGUGCAUCUCCUGGCCAACUCUGGGCAUGGCUCGUCUUUGCAGCAGACUCUGGAUCAGCUUCUGGACUUCAUUUGCCCAGAAGUCCGUCUCUUCCUGGUGUCGGAGAGGGUCAGUCCAGUCAGAUACUAUGAAAGGCACCCUCCGAAGCGGUCCCGCUUCCCAGGGAUGUCUGUUUUACUCUUCCUUCAGGAAAGCCUCGGAGAGGAGCGGCUGUUUCGCGUUCUGGACUCCCUGCAGCGAUCGCCCUGGCAGUGCUACCCGACCCAGGAUGCACAGGGGCGGCUAUGUCCCUACCUCCUUGACAAUCAGGAGUUCUACAGCCUGGACAGCCAGAUGCCUGUCUGGGGUGUGAGGCAGGUGCACUGCGGGGCUGAGAUCCUGCGGGUGACACUCUACUGCAGUUUUGAUAACUAUGAGGAUGCCAUCAGACUCUAUGAGAUGAUCCUGCAGAAAGAGGCCACGUUGCAAAAGAGCAACUUCUGCUUCUUCGUGCUCUACGCCACUGAGAGCUUUGCUCUGCAGCUCUCCCUGAAGCAGCUGCCCCUGGGGAUCUCAGUGGAUCCAAAAGAAUCCUCAGUGCUGCAGUUCAAGGUUCAGGAGAUUGGCCAGUUAGUGCCUCUUCUACCCAACCCGUGCGUUCCCAUCAGCAGCACCAGGUGGCAAACUCAGGAUUAUGAUGGCAACAAGAUUCUGCUUCAGGUCCAGGUGAAUCCAGAGUUUGAUGUUAGGAAUGGCGAGCUUUCCUUUGUGGAUGGCAUCUCAGGAGCUGAUAUGACUCCCCAGAGCUCCAGGCUGACCUCUGAUUCUUCAAGAAGAACCCCGGAACAAAGGGGCCGGAAGAGCCGGGGCAGGAGGUUGGGGGUGCAUUCUGCGGAGUUCCCUGAGCCUGGUGGGAGCCCAGCAUCAGACAGUCCUGGUGGAACUUUGUGGAAAGGCCCCAGCCAGUCAUCAAUGGCCAGCAGCCCAGACAUGGGCACCCGGCUACAUCUGCCUUCUCCCCACCUUGAAUGUGGGGCUAGAAUGAAGGACCUCAACUGGGAAAACAGCCUUCAGAAGUUGGAGGCAGAGACAGAUGUUGAUACGGGGUUCACCACCAUCAAUUCUGAGUCUAGAAACUCUUUCCUGGGCAGAUUUUCAAAGGAUUUGCAGACUAACCAGUCACCACCCUGUUUGCAAGCCUCUUCAUUACAAGAAAUUCCCUCUCCAAACAGCAGAGUCCUAAUGGAAAGAGUUGGUUCACUGGCAUUUGCUGGCCCAAGGGAUGCAAGUGCCAGGAAGAUCAUUUCCAAGUGCUCCCUUCAUCACCCAGGCCAGGGUGAAGAGAAAGAGGAGGAAGAAUUCUUUAUAUAG